AAGAGCAACAUGACGAAGGCGCCGACGACGACCAAGGUGUUUGCCGUCAACGAUACGGUGCUUGUGCGCCAUGGCGUGCAGAUCUACGACGCGCGCGUGCUGCGCCUGGACCCGGACAGCGCUACGCCGCAGUACUUUGUUCACUACCUCAAGUGGUCGAAAAAGUGGGACGAGUGGGUCGGGCCCGAGCGCGUGCUUGACACGAGCGAGGCCUCGCGCACGCUACAGAAGCAGGCCAAGGACGACGCGGAGAAUGCUCCCAAGGGCGCGGCAAAGAAACGUCUGGCGGCGAACGGCCCGCUCCCCAAGCAAGGUGCCAGCAAGAAGCACAAGGUCGAGAACCCUUUCGAGGCCAUCAAGGUCGAAGGCUCGCACGAACUCGAAGACUUGGUCGCUGCUGUCGACGUGCAGAUCCCGAUCCCGAUUGCGCUCAAGAAGAUCCUCGUCGACGACUGGAAGAACGUUACGCAGCAAGAGCGCUGGAUUGAGCUUCCUCGCAAGACCCCCGUGUCCAAGAUUAUCGACGACUUUUUGACCCAAGGCGAACUCUCGGAGAAGCAAGUGACCGAGCGCGAGUCGACCAAAGAGAUCAUCAAGGGGCUCGUGACGUACUUCAACAAGGCCGUGGGGUGUAUUCUGCUCUACCGCGAUGAGCGGCCGCAGUACGAUAUGAUCCUGGCCGCCCACCCCGAGACACCGCUGGCGACGAUCUAUGGAGGCGAGCACCUCCUCCGGCUCUUUGCGCGACUGCCGCUGCUCGUGUCGUGCGUCCAAGCCAGUCUCUCGGCCGAGGACAGCCGUUUGAUUCAAGCGACGAUGGUGCAGCUGCUCAAGUUUUUGCAAAAGCGCAAGCAGCAGUACUUUCUUCCUGCCUACACGGACGCCAGCACGUUUACGCUUCCGACGGAAGAAGAGUCGGCCAAGGCCGAGGAAGCAGCGCCCGAGGUGACGGCCAAGCCGGCCCCGAAGAAGAAGGGCGGCAAAAAGGCGCCCGCGAAGAAGUCGGCCAAGGCAAACGGCAAAGCGAAGAAGGCUGAGAGCAACGAGGCGGACGAAAAAGCGACUUCUCCGAACGACGGACAAUCGGACGGCGAGAAGCCGACGGUCGACGCCGUCGAGGGCUCGGAGAGUGCCGAUGCCGCGGAGAAGGUCGACGAAGCGACCGAGGAAGUCGCUACGGCACAGGAGUCCGCCCCGACGACCGAGACGGCGGCUGAAGUUACGUCGACGCCAGUCGCGUAAGAUAACAACAAGUGACGUGUAAAGGCGGGUGCCUCUCGUAGCAGUCCAGCGCUCUGCAACGACGACGAUGGCGGCUGUUGUGAGCAGCGUGUCGUGGUGAAGGCAUCGAGUGCCGAAUGAACUAUUCGUCUUGACGAUGCGACUUGUA